GUGUCUGUUUUCGUGUGAAUGUGUGAUAGAGAUGCUUAUUAUCCGUUAAUCGUGUAAUUUACGCUAAUGAAUUCCAGUAGUAAAUGUUGUGAUUAUGGAUAAUGAAAGACAGAAAAAAAUUGAAGCAGGAAAACUAAAACUUGCUGAAUUUAAAAAGAAAAGAUUAAAAAAUGAAAAAGCGAAAAAACUUUCUGAAAAUCCUGUUUCUUCAACUGCGCAGGAGAAUUGUAGCGGUAAUCUCAAAGAAAAACAAACAAUUGAAGAAAGCACAUCCAUGAAUAACUGCACAAUGAAGGAAUAUUCUUCAUAUGAUAGUAAUAGGGACAAUGCUGUAGAUAAAUCUUCAGCACAAGAAGGAGUCUUGCAGCUCUCUGAUGAAAGUGAUGAUUCUGUACCUUUUCCUGAAGAAGCUGAAUUAGUUUCUUUAUAUGAUCAGAAGAUAAAAAAAUAUCAAGAAGCUAUUUGCCAGAGAGAUGCCAUUAUUCAGCAACUAUCACGUAGAUUAGAGUCAGCUAUGAAUAUGAACCAAGCUAAAGAAUCAGCUGGAAAUCAAGAGGUGCAGAAUUUAAAAGAAGAAAUUAAUAUGUUACAUUUACAAAUGAAAGAGGCAGCUGAAUUGUUAGAAAAACAAAAAUCCAAAAAUGAAAUGCAAGCUAAUAUUCAGAAUGUUGAAGAUUUAUCCUCAAGUAGCUGUAUUUCAAAAUUUGAAUUAGGAGUACAAGUAGACGCAAAAGAAAUUUCUUCAUUGCAAUCAUUUGACUUUAAGAACACUAGUUUAUUCAAUGAUAUUCUUUCAAGUGAUUCGACAAGUGAUGACUCAUCAUUCUUUGUAAUUCAGAAAGUAAGUGAAUGUUUACAAGAUAAGAUUUCUCAUGUACAGCUUCAAGAAUUAGUAAAAUUAAUCAAAGAAAGACUAGAUCUCUUUGAAGCACCUCAUCAUGCUAAAAGCAAUAAUGACAAUGAUUUAGUUACAGAUGGACAAGGGAAAGGUUUUAAUUCUUCUAAUGAAGCAAUGUCUACUCUAUUAAAAAGGAUAAUUUCUUUAAAUAUUGUUGCAAAAUUGAUAGAAUCUCUAAUUAGUAUAGCUCCUGUCUCUACAAAUGCAAGUGCUACAGACUUUUCUCCUAGCAAGUUUCAGAGUUUCUUUCUAAAGCGUUUAAAUUCAUCUGAAACAGAUGACUUGAUACCAAAUAUAUCUGAAAAUGAAAGUGUUCCAUCUGAUAUCAACUAUGCUGAAGUAGAAACACCUUGUAGAAUUCCUUUUUCUGGCAAUCAGUCCAUUAAGUCAUCUAUUGAAAAACUUCGAAAUAAAGAUAUUUCCGAAGAUAUCAAUCUUGUGACAGAGUUUUUGGCAGAUGAAAUGGAAAAAAUAUCUGAAUCUGUAUCAGUUUUUAAACUUGGAGCACAAGGAGAUAGUAUGCUUCAAUGUAAAGAAGGAGAAGUAUCUGGUUUGCAAGAAGUGGUAGGCACAUCUGAGGUAAAAACUGGACAUGAACGUGAUUAUGAAAGCAUUUUACGCCAAAAAGCAAAAUUACAAAUUCGUAUCAAGAACUUAAAGCAAUUGGACAAAGAAUUAAUAGAAGAAGAACAAAAUGUAUAUCAGAGAUCUGUAGAAAGUGAUACUUUAGUUAAUUCUGAAGAUAAUCUGCUAAUGGAUGAACCCCCAUUAUCUUGUGUUAGUCUUCUAUCCUUAACUGAUAGUGAAUGCAAAACUGAAUAUGUUACAACCGAUUCUGAAACAAAUUUCAGCAGAAAAGUUUCAUUUGAUAUGACAAAGCCUGCACAAGAACAGGAAAUAUGUGUUAAAUGUGAAAAAUAUCUUGAACUAGUAAAAGAAAAAUAUGAAGAUGAAAUAUGUAUCUUAAAAGAAACUUUAGAAAAUAACCAUAGCCUUCAAAAGAUGGAGUUGUUAGAAAGCAUAAAAGAACUUAAAUCUGAAAUUGAAAAAUUGAAAUCUGAUAAAGAUGACUUGAAUGUGCAAUUGAAUCAACAAAUUGAAUUGCUUUGUAAAGAGCAUGAACUUAAGAUACAGUAUUUGACUGAAGAACAUAAUAAGGCAUUAACACAGUUGCAGAACUCUUGUAGUAAAUUUGUUCUUGAAAAAGAUGAAUUAGUUGUCAAAGUUAAAGAUUUAGAAAAUAAAUUAAACAUUGCUAAUGAAAAGACAAUUGAAGCUCUGAAUGAAAAAGCAAAAAUUGAAUGCUCGCUUCCUAUCCAAAUAGCUGAUUUGGUGCAAGAACAUCAGCAAGAUUUAGAGGCUUUGAAAACACUUAGUACUGAACAGUUAAAUCAAGAAAAGAAGAAACUGGAAAUGGAGCAUUUGGCUUCAAUUGAAAUGUUAAGGAAAUUACAUGAUGAUGAAAUAGAGGACCUUAGAUCUCAAAUUCAAAAGGAAUUUCAAGAAAAGGAACAAAAAUUAAUUAAUGAACAUUCAAAAGCUAUAGGUUUAAUUGAAGCAGCUCAUUCUGAUGAGUCUGCAACAUAUCAGAAAAAAAUUGAGCAGUUGCUUGAGGAAAAGUGUGAGCUUCUAUCAAAAACAACACAUGAAUAUGAAACAAUAUUAAAAAAGAAUCACAAAGCUUUAAUUAUAUUAUGCAAUCAACUAAGGGCAAAAGUUAGUAUUCAUAAACAAAGAAUGUUAAAUAGUAGUUUAAAAUCUUCUAAUAGUGAUAAAGACUUUAGUGAAUUUGAUAUUUUUGAUGACUUGAAUAAUAGUUUGGAAAGUGGACUUGUUAAAUUUUUGAACCAGAAUUACUUUAUGAGCAAUGCCAAUAAAAGAUCAAAUGAUGCAGACUAUCUAGAAGAAAGAUCAUCUCUGUCUGAUCUUGAAGACAAAGCAAAUGAUCCUAAAACAUCUAAUAUGACUGAUGAACAGAACUUGGAUCAAAUGGGAGGUGGUGAGCAAAUGUUUAAUCGAGCUGUUUCUGAAGUUUCAAUUGAUUCUGAUGAUAUGCAGAUGAUCUAUUCAGAAAUCAAUAAAUUACAAGAAGAGUUUCAGAAAGAUGUUGCUAUGUAUAGAGAUGUCAAUGAACAACUUCAUCAGGAAUGCAAAACUCUUCGGAAACAAAUAAACGAACUAGAGCACCAUAAAGAAGAUCUUGAAAUGCAGCUUCAUUCAAAAGAAAAGGAAUUGGUUGAUAAGGAAUCUCAGUUAGCUUCUAUGGAUGCUGCAGCAGUGAAGGGUGGCAUAAUGGGUUCCCAGCUUUCAUCUACUGAUAUUAGGUCUUGGCAGGUGCAUGCUGCAGACCAAUUCUCGCUUACUUCAUGUGCUAUCAGACCUAGUCAAAACAUUUCUAGAUAUUGAAAAUGAUAUCAACACUCAUCUUCUAGAACAUGGUCUUAUACCUUCUCGUGCUGGGAAUCUGCAACAGCAUGAUGAUGAAACAGGUCAAAGUGUUGGUUCUAGAGAAGAUUUUACAUCUCUUAGUCUUGGUGAAUGCCCAAAUCUUGAACUGACUGAAGAUGGUCCAGAUCUCACACCUAGAGCCUGGGAUUUGUUUUCUGUCGUUGGUACAUAUGAUAC